AUGGCAGGCUGUGGAGAGAAAAGAGAAAUCGCUCUGUCGUGGCUUGAGCGCUUGACCAACGCAUCCAUGCCGAAGGCGCACCCGCCGCCGCGAACGCCGCCGACUCCGCUCUCCACGCGUAAUGGCGACGCGGAGAGUAGUCAGGGCUCCUUUCAGUCGCGGCUUCAGGCGGGGUCUGAGUCUCCAGCCACAACCGCCGCCGCCUCUCACACCUGCCGCAGUGCCACAACCGAGUGUGUGCCCAGCGAGACCUCGACCUUGCGGUUGACAACCUCUGGGGUGGAGCGGUCGCUGGGCGCGCGGCUCGAGCGGCGGGCACACGAGCGGCAGUUGAAGCGGCACGUGCUCGCGCAGCGGCUCCGCCAAUCGCGCUCGUGGCGCGGCCGAGGCACGAUGCCAUGGCGUGCCCUGCUCAACGGAAAGCGCUUGCGCACGGCGGCAGCGCUGGCGCACCGCCGGGAGAGGCUGUGUGGCGCAGCCUUCGGGGGCUGGCUGCUGCUCGUGUCCCGAGCGGCUGCCGCUCGCGGCUGCAAGGAGGGGGUGCUUCGCAUCUGCGCCUUGCGGCUUCGCUGCCGCCACACGCAGCGCCGGGGCCUGAUUCGGAUGCGGGAGAUGGCGGCAGUGCACGCCGAGCGGGCGGCGGGCGCUCUCCGCGCCGUGCGUGCCGGCUGGCUGCGCCGGAUCCUCGCCGGGUGGGCGCUAGUUGCGCGGGCGGCGCGGGACCAGCAGGCGGCAGAACUGCUACGGCGGGAGCUCGAGGUCGUCGAGGCGUUGAGGCGCUUGCACUUGCGCGUCGCCAUCGCCGCGUGGGUAGCCAGGGGCGAGCGGCGCCGCUUGCGGCGUGCCGCCCGCGCGUACAAGCAGCAGCUCCUCUCUAGGGUGGAUGCUUGGCUCGAAGGCAUGGAUGCCUCGGCCAAUACACAGGGACGGCAAGGCUCGGGCCGCUUGCUUCCUCGCGUGCCUCCCCUCCCCUGA